CCGAUCCAAAACCAAACCCAAUCUCACAAGUUGACUCAAUUCUUGUACAAUUGGUCACCCUUACUCGGGUUCUCUUUUCUUUCUCGUCUUCCCUCAAUCCCUCUCACUGUUACCUUUCCCAGAAAGAACCCUAACCCUGCUAAUUUCGGUUCAUCAUCAUAUUGAACAGACAAUUCAUAUAUCGGUGCAAAAUAGAUCAAAAUGGCUGGAAAAGAAGAAGUUAAGCAUCUUGAGGAAUGCUCUGUUUCAAAGUUUGUCUCUUUCCUUCAACCCCUUGAAUUUUCUACUCAAAUUGCCUUAGGAACAUGGGUUUUUUCGGUAUUGGGUGCUUUGGUAGCUAUUCCUGUUGGAAUAAAGAAGAAAUCUCUUGCACCACUGGUAUUCUUUGGAACGACAGGCACCAUGUUGGACAUUAUAAUGGGGAUUAGUGCUUGUGAAAGAGAACAUGCAGAGCGCCAAAUGCAAUUGUUGGAAGCACAAAAUUCCGCCACUGAUGCAUUGGCAGAGUCAUUACCAGAAUGAAAGCAACAUUCUAUGGUAACUUGCUAUCUUGAUCACGCUAAAUUUAUUUUUUGUGUCAAAGUAUGAUAAACAUGUAUCUUUUACAUUGUUUCCUUUAGCACAGUGAAAAUCUCAUUUCCAAGAUAGCUAGCCUCCUGAUUAUAAAUUUAUAAUGUCAUGUUCUUGAAAAAAUAUUAUUGAACAUCCUACUCUACCUCAUGUAGGUUAUGUUUAUGGUCUAAAAAAAUGUAGGUUAUGUUUCUA